UAGUCCCACCCAGAGGCGACCCUCACGCUCUUUCCCCGGGGCUUAGGCGGCCUCAAGUAGAUAAGAAAUGAGCCUCGAGGGUGCUUCGUCAGUCCCCUUCCCAGGGAAACGUGAGCCUUCUCGGCAGUUCCCUUCCACAGAUUCUUCCGCCGAGGCAUUGGCUGCGCCUCCACUUCCGGGACCGCCAUUUUGAUGCCUCCAUUUCUCCACGCGGGGGGGGGGGAGGCCCCCAAAAUAUACAUAUAUGAAAAAAAGCCAAAAAAACAAAAAGCAGCCGUCACUGACAGGGAGUCUUAACUAGAGAGAGAAACAGGACCAAACUGGCGGGCUCGGUGACAGCGAAGCUGGCAGCGUCCCGGACGAGGAGCCACCCAAAACCUUUUGUUCCUAUGCAUAAAGAUGUCUUUGGUGGACUUGGGGAAGAGGUUGUUAGAAGCAGCAAGAAAAGGCCAAGAUGACGAAGUAAGAACAUUGAUGGCAAAUGGUGCCCCAUUCACCACAGACUGGCUUGGAACAUCACCCCUCCACCUUGCAGCCCAGUACGGUCAUUAUUCCACAGCAGAAGUGCUCCUUCGUGCAGGUGUUAGCAGGGAUGCCAGGACCAAAGUGGAUAGAACUCCUCUGCAUAUGGCUGCCGCUGAUGGACAUGCACACAUCGUGGAACUGCUUGUUAGGAAUGGUGCAGAUGUGAAUGCCAAGGACAUGCUGAAGAUGACAGCUUUACAUUGGGCUACAGAGCAUCACCAUCGAGAUGUUGUAGAGUUACUUAUCAAAUAUGGAGCUGAUGUCCAUGCUUUCAGCAAGUUUGAUAAAUCUGCCUUUGACAUAGCGCUGGAGAAAAACAAUGCUGAGAUUUUGGUCAUCCUCCAGGAAGCAAUGCAGAAUCAGGUGAAUGCUAACCCAGAGAGAGCCAACCCUGUGACUAACCCUGUGACUGUGGCUGCUCCAUUCAUCUUCACCUCAGGAGAGGUAGUUAACCUCGCUAGCUUUGUUUCUUCAACCAGCACCAAAACAACCUCAGGUGACCCCCAUGCCUCAAUAGUACCGUUCUCACAUCCCACCACCUCAGUGCUGGCCACCCUCGCAGCCCUUGCUGAGGCUUCAGCCCCCUUCGCCAGCUCACACAGAGCUAAUUCAGAGGAAUUCAUAGAGGGGAAUUCUGUUGAUUCAUCAAUCCAUCAAGUGAUGGGCAGUGGAGGCCAGAGAGUUAUCACCAUAGUGACUGAUGGAGUUCCUCUGAGUAAUAUCCAAACGGCAAUUCCUACUGGAGGCAUUGGCCAGCCAUUCAUUGUAACUAUGCAAGAUGGACAUCAAGGAUUAAGAAAUGUUUACCAUGUGGUGACACGGUUUGCUUUACAGGAAGGCAGUGAAAGAGAAUUACUACAGCAGCAACUCCAGGAGGCCAAUCGAAGAGCUCAAGAAUACCGACACCAGCUCCUAAAGAAAGAGCAGGAGGCAGAACAGUACCGCCUUAAGCUAGAGGCUAUGGCCCAACACCAGCCUAAUGGAGUUGAUUUCACUGUGGUUGAAGAGAUAGCUGAAGUGGACACUGUAGUAGUAACAGAGGGGGAGGUGGAAGAAAGAGAAACAGAAGUGAGGAGGUCAGGAAGCACCACAGAAAACAACAUUGGAGUUUCCAUAGAAACUGUUUCUUCUUAACAUGCAGGGGCCACAACUUGCAUUGAGUAUAUCUUGUUCCUUUUAAGAAGAAAAUACAAAGACAAACGAAUAAAAAUUAAGAAUGGAGCUGGCUUCCGGUGGCUCA